AUGCCGGUGGUUGAAGAUGAAUACCUGUUUAACGAGGACGAGAUAUCACUGUCUGACGACUGGUCCAUGGCCAACGGUGAGUUGCCGUUAACCAAGAAAGAACAGCAACUACUUGGGGAAAUCCCGACGACUACCCUGGAAACCUGGACGGCGUUGGAACGUGAGUUGGCGGCCAACGCGAAGGAAGCCGCGACACGACGGCGGUUUCUGUACUUGGCCUUGAACACCCGGCCACUCCCCGAACGGGCGGCCGCUGUCUUUGGCGAGGGAGACCAGUACGUGAAUUGGACCGUUACGAAACCAAAAUUCGAUGACGAAGCAAUGCUGUUUGGGAAGGCCUGGGCCCGGUUCUUGUUGAUGCACGACGGCAUGGGCAUGGCUGCAGCCGCCAGCAAGUCCUGGGAGGCCGACUUUGUCGCUUUUUGCCAGCUUCUGUGGAAGGAAGAGAUAUUCCUGGUAUUAGACGAAGCCCUCCAACUCUACGAGACCUGGAUCCGACUGCUCAACAGCAACUCGUCCAGUCUUCACGAACACCUGGAGGAAGCGACUCACGACCUAGGAAACAUUAAUUACACAUUCUGGUCUGCGUAUCUGGGCGAGUUGACCGAGUACGAAAAGUUCAAGGAUCAGGGGUUGAAUGACGAUGGGAAGUUGAAGGGCGCAAAAAUAGACUAUGAACCGCCGCUGCCAGACCGACGAUUCGAAUCUCUUUACGCCCACUGGGAAGACCUGAUAGACGAAUAUUUAUUCCACAGUUCAGUCCAGCCUUCAGUCCAAUCGUCGGGCCAGCCUUCAGUCCAAUCGUCGGCCGGGAAUUCAGCCCAGCCCUCAUCCGAGCUUUUACUCUUCCCCCCGACAAUCACCCCAGCGUUCACCCGAGCCGUCAGUCAACUCUUCGCCUGA